AUGAACGAGUUCCUGAAGUACCUGGAGGACAUGAAGAAGGAGAAAGCAACACCCACGAGGAAGAAGACAGGGAGAGUAGGAUUCACAGAAAGAACUCAACUUGAAAACCGAUCUCGGCGAGUUGAAGGAGCCGUGAAUCCUCCUCCUAGUGAAGGGAUGGUGAAUCACCAUUAUGAAGAAAGAAGGCUCAACGAAGCCAUCGCCACGCUCGAUGAGAAGUAUGAAGAAAAGUAUAAUCAGUUGCAGCUUGAAAUCCAGCAAAAGACCAAGGGGAAAAUUUCUCGAGUAGACAGUCUCUUGAAUAGAUCUUCCCCAUUCGCUGAAUGUGUCAUGGCAGUCCAACUGCCGGAGAAAUUCAAAAUUCCAGCUAUCCAAACUUAUACCGGGGUUGAAGAUCCUACCGAGCAUCUGGACAACUACAAAACGCACACGGAUUUGCAGGGAACUCCACAGGAAUUGGCAUGCCGAGCCUUCCCGCUCACCUUGUCCGGUUCUGCCCAGGACUGGUUCCAAAAACUCCCACCGGGUUCCAUCAUAAGUUUUGAAGAUCUCGGACGAAAAUUUAUAACCCAAUUCCGAGUUGGGUGCAAACGGAAGAAGUCGUCCGGUCAAUUAAUGGCGAUGCGCCAAAAGGGAGACGAAUCUCUAAAGGAUUAUGUGAUCUGGUUCAACCAGGCAAAGCUCAUGGUUGAUAACCCGACCGAGGAGAUGGUUUAUGCCGCUCUUUACCAAGGAUUACGGGUGGAAGGGCCUCUCAUGUUCGAGAUUGCUCUCAAUCAUCCUGAGAAUCUGGCCGAUCUCACAGAUGUGAUUGAGAAGUACGUAAAUCAGGAGGAAAUCCUUGCGGCUCUGAGGGAGUCCAAUAAACAAAAGAUUGCGGAGUCAAGCAAUCCUGGGAAGAAGGAAAAAGCCCGGAAGGAAGAAAAACGGACAGAAACAAAAAAGGAGCCUGCGAAGUAUUACCAGUUUUCUAUAGAUGAGUGGACUCCUUUGAACUCUCCAAUUAACGAGGUAGUGAUGGAAAUCAAGAGGGACCCGCAGUACGAGAAGCCUUACCAGCUUCACAACAAAUACGUGAGAGAAGAAAACAGAAACAAAUACUGCGCGUUCCAUGAUGCACGAGGCCAUGUCACCGAGGAAUGCCGAAAUCUCAGAAUCUUGAUCGAGAAGUUCAUCAAAAAUGGAAAACUACUCUGUUUUAUUGCAGACAACCAGGGCCAGCCUCAGCAGAAUCAGGAGUCUUGCGAGCAUCAAGACAAAGAGUCGAGACACAGAGAUCGCUCCCCUCAGAAGCACCGGGAAGUUCGUCGAGACAAAAGGAGGGAGGAACCCCGUCGGGAAGAGCCUCGACGGAAUAGAAGCAGAAGCAACAGUAGAGGCACACGGGGUCGUGACCCACGUAAUGAACCGGUUAUCGCCGAUAUCCGAACUAUAUUCGGGGGCUUCGGUGGAGGCGGAGAAACGAGUGCAGAUAGAAAAGCCUAUGCUCGGCUCCAGAAGUAUCAGGAGAUUAUGACUGUAGAGAGACCCCACAAAUCCCACCGAAGGGAAUCCAUGGUGGUGGGGUUUUCAGAUGAAGAUUAUGCGGGAGUCUUGCUCCCUCAUACCGACGCAAUCGUGGUCACGCUACAACCCAGAAAAGGUGAUCCCGGCUACCUGCCCUUUGGUGGGGACUAUCCAACUACAAAAACCAUCAUGGUUAAGUUCCUUCUAAUCGACAGACCCUCGGCCUACAAUGCGAUCCUUGGAAGGACAUCCAUCAACGAUCUGAAGGCAAUUACUUCCACACCACAUUUGAAGAUUAAAUUCCCGACCAAGAGGGGAGUUGGGGAAGUAAGGGGAGAACAGAGCGUGGCACGCCAGUGCUAUAACGUAACAAUGAAAGGAGCCCCUUCACGGGGCAAUGGUGGGGAGAAAGGCGAACAAUAA